ACCGCACGCACACGUGGUAUGAAUCGAAAGCUUAGGGGUUAAAUAACCCAUGGUCUAAGCGCAGCAAAUGGUACCUUGCAUUAAGUUGAAUACCCUGACUUUCAGGAGAAAAACUCAUGAGAACCGGCGAUGCAUGUGCUUUUGUGGCAUAUGUAUAAGCGAGCAACUUUCACGAUUGUGGACACAUCGCACAAGCACAGCAAAUUAACACCGUCAAGUUGCAGGUGAUUUUUACCCAUAUCGGUCAUUUUCUCAUGGAUUCCUUGCACGAAGGUUGGUUCAGUGAGUUCAGUACACUGUGGCCUGGUCAAUGUAUGUCACUGAAAGUCAAGGAUGUGCUCUUCCAUGAAAAAUCCAAAUUUCAAGAUGUGCUCGUAUUCGAAAGUGAGAAUUAUGGCAAUGUGCUCGUCCUGGACGGCGUCAUUCAGUGUACGGAGCGGGAUGAAUUCAGCUACCAGGAGAUGAUCUCUCACCUGCCUCUCAACUCCCAUCCUAGCCCAAAGAAGGUGUUGGUCAUCGGGGGUGGGGAUGGUGGGGUCAUCCGAGAGGUCGUCAAACACCCAGAGGUGGAGAGCGUCACGCAGUGCGAGAUUGAUGAGAAAGUGAUCGAAGUUAGCAAGAAAUACCUGCCCUACAUGUCCAGCGGGUUCCAGAGCCCCAAGCUAACCCAGCAUAUAGGCGACGGCUUCGCCUUCAUGGAGCAGCACUGCAACGAGUUUGACGUCAUCAUCACCGACUCCUCGGACCCGAUAGGUCCUGCAGCAGCUUUGUUUGAGAAGUCAUACUACGAACUCAUGAAGAAGGCGCUGAGACCCGGUGGCGUUGUGUGCACGCAAGGGGAGUGUUUGUGGCUGCAUCUGGAUCUCAUCAAGAGCAUGCGAGAAUUCUGCAGGACACUUUACCCGGUCAUUGACUACGCCUACUGUACCAUUCCUACCUAUCCCAGUGGUCAGAUUGGCUUCACCUUAUGCGGUGUCAGUCCUGACACCAACUUCCGGGAGCCGGUGCGACAAUGGAGUAAAGGCCAGAAGAAGGAACUGAAGCUGAAGUACUACAAUGCCGCCAUUCACAGAGCGGCGUUCAUCCUGCCGGAAUUUGCGCGACAGAGCUUAGAAGACGAAGAAGUAAUACCCGAGCAGGGAGUGAACGGCGAGAGGGAAGCACCCAAAGGGCCUAAAGAAGCCACAGCAGGAAACUCGUAAGAGUAGGUUAACGCUAUUGCUAAAAUACACUAAAAAUGGUAACGUGGUUUUUAAGUGGAUAUGAAAGUGUAUCGUGCCUCGGAUUGGGUAUUUUAAUUUGUUCAGAACAGCUGCAUCUUAAAUCUUAAAAAAAAAAAAAACAAAACUGUGGCGUAAUUGGAAUCUUUGGAGUGCUAACUUGUGUUGGGAGGAUGGCGGGUAUGGGUGUGGCUCUGCAUACCCUCACAGACUUCUUUGUCGAAGGGAUAGCUCUGCGCUUCCUGGGACUUUAUUUACUUCUUGAAGAGUCCAUGUAGGUCGCCAUCUUCCUCUUUUUGACUCGGCAUGGUGUGACCGAGAAAAGGUUGACAGUUGCCCCAGAGCAGUUGCCUCAGAAAAUGAAAAAAA